AUGUUCACUAGCGGAGACAAGUCCAGCUCCGGCUCUCCCCUGCUGCCAACCACUACCACCACCACAACCAGGAGGAGAGCAUUAGAUUCGGUUGAGUUGGCCGAAGAAGAUGGUAUCGUUAGCAAUAACAUUAACAGCGGACAUAACCACCAUUACACACCGCAGCAGCAGCAGAACCACCACCGCUCUCUGGUGGGUAAUUGGUGUUCGGUGUCACGUAGGAAAUUGAAUAUUACGCUGAAAUUUUUGAGACCUGCAGGGAAGAAUCUAAGCCGCUGGAUUCUUGGAGCUUUUAUGUUGCUGGUGGUUUCCACCAUGUUUGUAAAGUUCAUGCUCAUGAGUAGCUUUCUUGCAGUCAAUGCAAAAACAAGCAGUCAUAUUUUGAUACGUCCGGUGGUCACAGAUCCUUCGGAGAUGUCACACAAUAUUUUGAUGGAGCACGAACAGACUCCAGAAAUUUGGAGAAGGCCAAGAAGUGACAACUACUAUAAAUGCAUUGAUCGAUCCAGUGCUGAAAUGAGAAAUGGAUCUGCUACAAAUGGGCAUAUUCUUGUUCAUGCAAAUGGUGGAUUGAAUCAAAUGAAAACUGGGGUAAGCAUCUACGCCAAGAAAAGUUUUAUCAUGAAACUCUGGGCGGGUUGCCAGAUAAGUGACAUGGUUGCCAUAGCUAAAAUAAUGAAUGCUACACUGGUUCUUCCCUCCUUAGAUCACAAGUCUUUUUGGACCGACUCUAGUGAUUUUAAAGAUAUCUUCGACUGGAGGCACUUCAUGGAAGCUCUAAAAGAUGAUAUUCAAGUGGCUGAAUCUCUUCCUCCACACCUUGCAGCUGUGAAACCCCUUGCCAAGGCUCCAGUUUCCUGGUCCAAGGCAUGUUAA